GAAGUGAACCGCCGCCUCAGGAGAGAAAUGGCUGCUCACAGGUGCAGCCGCCCGGUUUGGCUGUUUAUUCUUUGUAGCUUGUCGGUGUUUGUUAUCGCAGGCAGUCAUGACACGACGGUAACUCAUGAACAGCGUGCCGGUGUGGUGGAUGAUCCACAAACGGCCGCCGAAACAGCGGGACAAACGGCUGAGCAGACCGCGGCGGAGGAGAGGCAGUGGGAAGCAACCGAGGUUAGAGAGGCGACUCCGGAUGAUGCUGCAGCCGAGAAACAAGACACUCCUGCCCCUGAAACUGUGGUCCUCCAGUCGUUCCCGCAGCCGAAAGACGAUUUUCAGGAGGAGUUGGUUGUCAGACCGCUGCACUCAGGAGAUAUCUAUGCUAGCUUCCAGUUCCGCACCCAGUGGGAAACGGACUUCAUGAGAGGAAACAAAGUGUCCCACUACCGGCUGUUUCCCAAGUCCCUGGGUCAGGUCAUCUCCAAGUUCUCAGUGCGAGAGCUGCACAUCUCCUUCACACAGGGCUACUGGAGAACCAUGCAGUGGGGGCAGCCCUUUCUACCGUCUCCUCCCGGGGCCGAACUCUGGGUUUGGUUCCAGGACUCUGUGACAGAUGUGGACGCCACAUGGAAGGAGCUGACCAAUGUUUUGUCGGGCAUCUUCUGUGCUUCGCUGAACUUCAUUGACUCCACUAACACUGUUCAGCCCAGCGCCUCCUUCAAGCCCCUGGGAACAGGCAACGUGACAGACCAUCGCUUCCUUCGCUACGCCACCCUCCCACGAGAAAUUGUUUGCACUGAGAAUUUGACACCCUGGAAGAAACUCUUGCCAUGUGGAUCCAAGACUGGUCUCGCUGUCCUGCUGAAGUCAGAGAAGCUCUUCCACAGCAGUUUUCAUUCCCAGGCAGUGCACAUCAGGCCCGUGUGUCAGGACUGGCAGUGCAAAACCACAUCCUGGGAGCUGAGACAGACGCUGAAUGUAGUGUUUGACCUGCACAACUCUGGACAGGGCAAACGAGAGUGGUCUUUAUUCAAGAUGUUCUCCCGGACCCUGACAGAAGCUUGUCCGCUGGCCUCCUCCAGUAAAAUAUAUAUCGACAUCACAGACAACCCUGAGGGGGAGCAGUUUGAGCUCAGCCCGGCCACCUCCCUGCUGAGCCAGGCGGUGGUGCUCGGGGAUAGACGGACCUUCUCUGUGUACGACCUGACCCAACCAGCCACCUUUGGCAGCGUGCGCUCCCUCAACCUGCUGAUCCGCUGGAAAUCCAAUGAAGGUCACAUGCUGCGGCCUUUGCUCCACGCUGAGCGCUACGUGGCUGGAUACGGGCUGCAGACAGGAGAGAUUCACACGCUCAUGUACAACUACCAUCCCUACAGGUCUUUCCCUGUGCUGCUGCUGGACACGGUGCCUUGGUAUCUGCGUCUCUACAUCCACACACUCACUGUCACCAGCAAAGGAAAGGACAACCAGCCCAGCUACAUCCACUACCAGCCAUCUAAGGACCGUGUGAGACCUCACCUGCUGGAGAUGCUCGUCCAGCUUCCCCCCAACUCUGUCACUGAGGUCACGGUGCAGUUUGAGAGGGCUCUGCUGAAAUGGACCGAGUACACGCCCGAUCCCAACCACGGCUUCUAUGUCGGGUCUUCAGUCAUCAGUGCUCUUGUACCAAGCAUUGUCGCCAUGGAUACAAACAACACUCGGGAACGACCACUUUUCAGCAGCUUUUUUCCCUGUAAAGAAGAGUCCAGCUACUUUGUGCGCGUCUACACUGAACCUCUGCUGGUCAACCUGCCCACUCCAGACUUCAGCAUGCCGUAUAACGUCAUCUGUCUGACCUGCACUGUUGUGGCCGUGGGCUACGGCUCCCUGUACAACCUGCUGACCCGGAGCUUCCAGAUAGAAGAGCCCAGCCCGGGGUUGGCCAAGAGGAUAGCCAACGUGAUCCGCAAGAUGAGGGGCGUGCCGCCGCUCUGAAACUGGACAAACAAGCUCAAGUUUUUCUUUUGGUGAAACUACGAGAAAACAUGAAAUAAUCAGGGAAGAACUGAGUUAAACACUGGUAUGAAUGUUUUUAUAAACCGUCAACUUGAAGGUUUUGUUUUCAGAUGGAAGAAGACAAAUACUUUUGUUGAACAUUAACGUGUCCAGGAGAGGUUCCUCCUGGCCAAGGACUAAAAUGUAGACAUUUGUCUUCAUGAGUGGAAAGUUAAAGACCUUUGUUAUUGUUUGACAAGUUCAAGGAAGCUAAGCUAUACGGUGUGCUGUGGUGGAAACUUUUGGGUUUAUUGUUUUUGUUUUGUAGAUGUUUAACACCACAACUCCAUUACAUCACGAUGUGGCCAUAUGAAGUCUCUGAGCUCCUGCAGAAAGAGGAUUGUUUUUGCUCUCGUACUGUUUUCUGACCUGUUAUUUGUCAUCUCCCUAAUAGGAAAGACAGAAUAAGGUCAGAAUUACUUAGUCAUAGUUUUAUUUAUUUAAUCGUCCUCGGCUAUUGCAGGAUUUUAAGUAACUCUUAAAUACUGAGUUUCUCGCCGCUAAUCAGACAUUCGAAAACAAUAAAUCCAGAACUAUUUGAUCUUUAUAUAAUCGUGAUGGAUUUUUAAUACCCCACAUGUUUUCUAUACUAGUUUUAAGACACGAGAAGAGAACAAAUGCCUACAAAAAUACAGAAAGUGACAAAAAACAAAGAAUAUUCUUAAUUAAACACAGGCUGGGUUUCAAUUUCCACACUGUGUAGUUCAGCAGAAAAGAUUCAGUGACACAUAGUAUGUCAAAUGCCAGAACUACCUGGAAGUCCUGCUAAGUCUGGUCAGAUUUUGGAGUAUGCAAUCCUUCACGCUUUUCUGGUUAUCCUGACCCACCAUCCUCCGUCACAUACGUCGCAGUGUUGAGUGUGAACAAGCCGCACAAAUAGAUGGCAGCUCAUUUCACACUACAGGCUGCGACGGUCAAAGUUUAGAACCCAACAUGAUGACCAUACAUCCUAGUAGUAUGCCCACUGCAUGAAACAGUCGGUACUUUGUGCAGCAGUAGUACGCGCUUAUCCACGUAAAAAGAAAAUGUAUGCAAUUUGGAAUGCUGCCACGUUGCUUUUUUUUUUUUUAGAGCUACUUUGUUGUAGAAAAACCUUUUACCAAACAUAUAAUUUGCACUGAUUUUUGGAUGCAUGCUCGAAUGUUAACUGUGCUAAUGUCUGAAUGUCUCCAUAACUGAUUGCCUUUGGCUUCAUUAACUCACGCAUUCCCCAGUUUAAUGAAGUUCCAACAUGUCUUAUCGCAUAAAUACUUCAUCCUACAAUGUUGGUACGUUUCACACACUGUCCUCUGUCAUGCUUGUCUGCCUGUAGGUCAAUUCUGUUUUACUUACUGUGAAUAAGUGAGCAGAAUGUGAAUGAAUCUGUACUAUGUGUGUGUGUGUGUGUGUGUGACAGAACUUAAAUAUUAUUGCCUUUUCAAUAAACUGACAAACAUCUUUUAUCCAGAUUA